AUGUCUUACUUUCCUUCUUCCUCUUCUGCUCAUAUCUUCCAAGAUUUUCAAUUCUACUCAAGAAGAUUGCUACUAAAAAUCCCUCUUUGUCAGUCACCAACUACGGCAACUCCUCCGGCGACCGGAACCAAACACGACAUAUCACCAUUUGACUCAGAUGAUCAUUCUUUUGAUGCAAAUGUUGUAAUGGUCACACUCCUCAUUUGUGCUAUAAUAUGCUCAAUAGGGUUGUAUUCCAUCCUUAGAUGUGCCUUAAGGUGCACCCGUGCAGUGCCCUCCGAAACCGGUAACAACCCCUCAGCUCCGUUAGCCAAGACAGCAGGGAUCAACAAAAAGGCCCUCGAGGCAUUCCCAAAAGUGACGUAUUCAGAUGGCUUGGAUCAGCCUGGCUUGGACACUGAGUGUGUGAUAUGCCUAUCGGAGUUCACAGACGGCGAGUGUUUACGUGUUCUUCCCCAGUGCAACCAUGGGUUCCAUGUCCGGUGCAUCGAUAAGUGGCUCAGUUCAAAUUCCUCGUGCCCUACUUGCAGACACUGCCUCAUUGAGACAUGUCAAAAGAUGAUGGAGUGUACUCAGGCUAGCCCACCUCAACCACCACCCCAGCCGUUACAAGAAACCAUUGUAACCAUAACCCCACUAGAAGCUGAAGGUUUGAUACAUAAUUACCGGAAUGAUCAAGAUUUCAAUAUUAGGAUGGAGAAAAUGAAGGUACCAAUUGUGGUUUGACAAGGUACCAAGUGCAUUGCUCAUAUUUUUUAGAAG